CGGCAUGAACAGAACAACGACACCGAAACGAGACAACAACAAAUUAAAUAAGCAAACCAAAACGCAACAGUAAAGUGGCCACUCAACGCCUCCCCGGAAACACAGCGAAACGACCUGCAAAUCCGAGUUUCACCCACGCCCUUAUAUUAACAAACAGGACAAACGUAAAAAAAUAAACAUGAAAACUUUAUUACUUUAUGGCGUUGCUAAUGCCGCGUUGGCUGUGGCUACUUUAACACACAGCGCAGUGGCAAGCCUCAGCUUUAGUUCCACCGCAAUACAAAAUGAAGUCCCAACACACACACAAACAACGAUUCCAAUGCUUUCAGUCGCCUCAAUCCCUCCUAAUGAAGCAUUGUCACUAAGGGAAUUGGCAAUACCGACACCAGCAGCUACCGCAGCGACGGCAGUCACAAGCUUCAGUGUCGGAAACAGCAGCAGGAUAGUGGAUGACGGAGGCGGCGAUGGCGGCGGAUUCGCUGCUUUCAUGGACAAUUUCGUGCACACCAUGAGCACAACAACCAGUCUUGCCGACUACAGCAACCACAGCGCAGCCGACAAUAGCACAGCUAUGGACGUGAAUGGAAUGGCGGCCACCGAAAUUCCAUUUGUGCCGUACGUAAUGCGGCCGGAAACGUACAUUGUACCGGUAUUAUUUGCGCUCAUCUUCAUAGUGGGCGUACUGGGCAACGGUACGCUGAUUGUGGUCUUCCUGGGCGUGCGGCAGAUGCGAAAUGUGCCGAAUACAUACAUUCUGUCUUUGGCGAUUGCUGACCUGCUGGUCAUCCUCACCACAGUGCCACUAACCUCAACAGUCUACACCGUAGAUUCGUGGCCUUGGGGCAGCUUCCUAUGCACGUUAUCUGAAUUUUUUAAAGAUGUAUCGAUUGGCGUUUCCGUUUUCACACUUACAGCACUCUCAGGUGAUCGGUACUUUGCCAUAGUGGACCCAUUAAGGAAAUUCCAUGCGCACGGUGGUGGCAAACGUGCAACUCGCAUGACCAUCGCCAUUGCCGUGUCCAUUUGGCUUUUGGCUAUACUCUGUGCUGUACCUGCGCUAAUAGGCACUAAUGUAAAGCGAAUCGAAAUCAAUAGCAACAAAUCGUUCGCCGUGUGUUACCCCUAUCCGCAGGAGUGGGGUGUGAGGUAUGCCAAAGCUAUGGUGAUGAUGCGCUUUCUGAUCUACUAUGCCAUACCUUUGUUCAUAAUCGGCGCUUUUUACGUACUAAUAGCGCGGCAUUUGAUGUACGCAGCAAGUGUGCCUGGCGAGAUGCAGGGAGCGAUGCGACAGGUGCGCGCCCGACGAAAAGUGGCAUGGACGGUGUUGGCAUUUGUUGUUAUAUUCGGAAUAUGCUUUAUGCCCUAUCACUUCUUCAUGCUCUGGUUCUACUAUUGGCCCACCGCACAGGAUGACUACAACUCCUUCUGGCACGUUUUGCGCAUCGUCGGCUUCUGCUUAUCCUUUGCCAACAGCUGCGCUAAUCCGGUGGCAUUAUAUUUUGUUAGUGGCGCCUUCCGCAAGCAUUUCAAUAGGUAUUUGUUUAUUCACUACAAUGCAGACGCAUGACAAACUGUCACCUCCUGCCCGAACAGGGUAAGGAAGUUGCAAAGGAUAUGAAUUUGAUAUUAAAAUGAAAGGAAGGAUAAAUCCACGCUUUUUGAUAGAACGAAAAUAUUUGCGAAAUUCAAGAAAGCCGAUUUUGUCUGAAAUUAAAUCCGCACGUACAUUUACAUAUAUCUACAUGUUUACAAACAUACAGACAAGCAAAUAUCUACUUAAGUACUUACAUAUUUAAAAAGUAGAAAGAGCGCUGGAAAAAUAGCUGGAAAGUUUGUCAUUCUUAAUUUCCAAGGCAAAUUCACAGCGACAGUACAAAAACAAAAAAAAAAAAUAUAAAAAAAAAACAUCUUUUUGACCGUGAGCAUAAUUCGCUUUGAAAUCAGCUGCUCUGGCAGCACCACCUUGUAUGUAGGGAUGUUGCGAUACUACUGAUACAAUCCUGGUAUCGAUAGUUUUGUUUCGAUAUUGGGUAAAACGGUACUCGAUACUAGGGAGACGAUACUAUUAAUACCCAUAUGGACAGUGGUGGACUUGCAGUUUUGUCCGUCCUAGGCUUUAUAGUGCCAGCCGCCCCUUUCUCAGCUCCCAUUAUCUAGGUACUACUUAUAUAUAUGAAUUUACUUUUCGCCCGACUUUGUCAAAAUAUAUUGUCAAUAAAAUAGCACCAAUCGCUGUAUUGCUUACUGCUUCUGAAGUUCUGUUUUAUACCAACAUACCAUAGGAUUGCUUUUGUAUGCGCACCACGUUUUUAAUUUUAAAUUUAAUAAAUUGUUUAUAAUUAAUUUUGAUAAAAUCUUAAAAAACUAAUUCUAUGGGUCUAGCAAAAAAGUUUAUACUUUUUAGUUCAUUAGUUUACCGGGUACGAAAGUGGAAAGUUGUCUUCUAAGUCUGUAGAAUAAACCAGACCUUUUCCCCGACUUCUGACGUACCUAAUUUCACCAGGUUAGUAUUAAAAUAAGAUUUAUUGUA